UUUAACCUCAAAAAAUUGCCGCUGAUGAAAACAAAUAUUAGGAAAAAUGAAUUUUUGAUAGUAAUUUAGAAAAUAUAAAAAGUAUUAACUUAUCAUAUAUCUGAAUAUUCAUUGCAAUCAAUAUGAUCAUGAAGUUGUCUCAUAUUAUGAUCGUUUGCAUGAUACUUGCGUCUUGUCCGUAUAACAAUGCUAAGUCAAAAAAUAAGAGUACUAUUGAAAAUAUAACAGAUUUCAAAGAUUUUAAGAAGUUGUUGAGGACCAAAACUAAUGUAUUGGUUUGUUUCACAAGAUCGCUCAAAGAAUCGGCUACUGUAAUUAAAAUAUUCAAAGAAGUAGCAGAGAGUAUCAAAGGCGAAGGCACUAUGGUUUUGGUAGAUUGCUCAGGAGAGGCUAAAAAGAUGUGCAAGAAACUCAAAGUAAACCCGACGCCUACAUUAUUACGACAUUAUAAAGACGGUGAUUUCAAUAAAGAUUAUGAUAGAAAGGAGUCUGUCAAUUCAAUGUUAAACUUUAUGAGAGACCCAACUGGUGAUAUACCUUGGGAAGAGGACAGUACGGCUGAGGACGUUUUACAUGUUCCUGAUGCCUCUAAUUUGGCACGAGCGAUAAAAAAAGAACAAAAACCACUGAUGAUCAUGUUUUACGCUCCAUGGUGUGGAUUUUGUAAGACUUUGAAGCCAGAAUACGCAGCUGCAGCUACUGAACUGAAGGGACACUCAGUUCUGGCUGCUAUAGAUGUUAAUAGACCUGAGAAUAGUGUUAUAAGAACACAUUACAACAUAACAGGAUUCCCUACGAUGCUGUACUAUCUAGGGGGCCAAAUGAAACAUGUUUACGAGGGUGAAAACAAAAAAGCGGCUAUCGUUUCAUUUAUGAAGAAUCCGAAAGCACCAGCGCCAAAAACGAAAGACGUUUCUUGGAAUGAUACGAAAUCAGACGUUCUGCAUUUGUCCUCGGACGAUUUCGACGCAACUUUGAAAAAACAUAAUUCCUUACUCGUGAUGUUUCACGCGCCAUGGUGCGGCCAUUGUAAAAGGAUGAAGCCGGAGUAUGAAAAAGCCGCAUCCGCAUUGAAGAAAGAAGGUGUGAAUGGCAUACUGGCAGCGGUAGAUGCUACCCAAGAACAAGCGUUAGCUUCCCGAUUUUCAGUAAAGGGCUACCCGACCAUAAAGUAUUUCUCCGAGGGCGACCUUCGUUUCGAUGUCGAUUUCCGCGACGCCAACAAGAUCAUAAGUUUCAUGAAGGAUCCCCAAGAACCCCCACCGCCGCCGCCCCCUGAAACCCCUUGGUCUGAGGAGAAGUCCGAGGUGGUGCAUCUGGACGAAAACGAAUACAAACCCUUCUUGAAAAAGAAGAAACACGCCCUAGUUAUGUUCUACGCCCCCUGGUGCGGUCACUGCAAAAGGGUCAAACCUGAGUUCACCAAGGCCGCGGAUCACUUCAGGGACGAUCCCAGGAAGGCGUUCGUGGCCAUAGACUGCACGACGCGGCAGCCGCUGUGUUCGCUGAAUGACGUUUCAGGUUAUCCGACGAUCAAGUAUUUCAGCUAUUUGAAUAAGGCUGUGAGGAGUUACAGCGGAGGUCGAACGGCCGAAGAUUUCAUUGCGUUUAUGAGUAAUCCUGACAGUUCUGGCACACCACCACCGUCCUCAUCUAGUAAAGCUCCCGGUAAAUCUGAACAGCCAGUUUCGACGGGUUCUGUCACGUUGACACUUGACAAUAAUAAUUUUAAGCAGAGUAUAGCUUCUAAGGAACCCACCCUAGUGUUCUUUUUUGCUACCUGGUGUGGCAUCUGCACUAAAUUCAAACCGGUCUACGAAGAAGUCGCCAAAGAGUUAGCGGGUAAGGUACCUGUGCGUUUCGCUCUGUUCGACUGUACAGAUGGAGGAGAGGCUAUCGACGAAUACGAUAUUUCCCAUUUUCCAACGUUGAAAUUGUUCAGGGAAGGGAAAUUCGAGAGUGAGUUUGACGGUAAGAGGACUCGUGAUGCGUUGAAGGCGUUUGCCAUGAAGUGGGCCAAGCAAAAAGACGAAUUGUAACAAGUAAGUUCUUUGUGCGGUCUCCAGUGAGAGUACGAGUGGUCCAAUCGUUCGGACUUAAAGUCUGGGCGGAUAUGCAUUCAAUGGAGAUUAUUUGAUUUUCCCUGUGAAAGUAUAGAAAUAAACCUUUUUAUAGUAUUUUUCCUCUGAUUUUAGGUAGAUGUGAUAAUUCUAUUACUUAAUCUUGUACUCAGCGAAUAUAACUAAGUAUUUUUUCACUUUGAUAGUUGUAAUCUUUUUUAUACAAUUUUGUUUAUAUCUUUUUUAUGAAGUAAUGUAAUAAGAUAUUCUUCUACAUUUUUUUAUUGAAUCUCUACACUAUUCUGAACUGAACCUUUCUAAUAUUGUUUUAAAAUGAAUUAAUAAAAUUUACACUAUUGA